UUUUAAUCUUAUAUUUUAAAAAAAUUCCCCGCAUUCGAAUUGCGACAACUUCUCGAAUCUGAAGCUUUCAGCUUUGUCAUCCCAUUCACAAUUGCAAUGUAAUUGCAGCUGAGAUUGUUUCCUUCAAUUCGCUUCUUGAAUUACUGGAGCUACUCGAUCAAAUUUGGAGCUAGGGUUCCCAAAUUUGGCUCCCCCAAAACCAACUAACUGCCGAAAGUUUAGUCUUUUGAAGUUGCAAGCAAAGGGUUCUCGCACGUUUUCGUCCUCCUCGAGGAAAAAGAGGGUAAAAGGUCAACGAAUUUUGCAUUGGUGAGUACUGGGCUGAGCUUAUAAACUGGAGUUCAAGCAAUGUUGGGUGUGAAACGUAGUGGGUUAAGUUUCUCUUCCUGUUUACUUCAUCUAGCUGAAUGGCAUCCUUUAGAAUAACAGUGUUAAGCAGGGCUUGAAGCCCUUCUUUUUCUUUCGUAUCAGGUACUAUCUUCUUAUUAAAUCAUUAAAGUAGCGAGUACAAUCUUAUUUUGUGCUCUGAUCCAUGAAAUCUGGCAAUCUGAUUUAGCCUUAAACUGUUUGAUGAAAUCAUACUUAUUAGGAUAUGUGCUUUGGCCGUUUGAGGUGAAUCAGAUUAGUGCUGUGUAUUUAGAUUGGUGAGUGCUGUAGUUUGCAAAAUGAUCAGUUUCUGUAAUUGUUUUGGGAUAAUCAAGAAAGGAAAAAAUGAAAGCGCUAAGCAAAGUGUAAAAAAAAUUUUCUCACGGGGACUGUUGCGUGGAGAAACAGAAGAUGAUUUCUCAUAUAGUGGUGAGUUUACUAGUAACACCACCAGUGGAGAUGAAAGUGACAGCCAGCCUCGAGCCAACCGAUCGGAGGAAAUUUUGAACUUGAGAGCAGAGAAGGACAUGGCUUGUAGGCGGGUUCCUGUCAAGGAGACCAACAAACUUGUUCGUGAAGAGGAUGAAGAUGGGAACAAAAUGAUCAAUGAGUAUGUUCGGGAGUACAGGAUUGGUUCAGGUAGUUAUGGCAAAGUGGUUCUAUAUCGAAGUAUUGUAGAUGGAAAGCAUUAUGCAAUUAAGUCCUUUCAUAAGUCCCAUUUGCUGAAGCUUCGAGUUGCAGGCUCUGAAACCGCCAUGUCUGACGUUCUGCGUGAGGUACUUAUUAUGAAAAUGGUGGAACAUCCUAAUAUAGUCAAUCUCAUUGAGGUGAUUGAUGACCCAGAAUCAGAUUGCUUCUACAUGGUGCUAGAAUAUGUGGAGGGCAAAUGGUUUUGUGAGGGUUCAGGUCGUGGUUGUGCCUUGGUGGAAGACACUGUUAGGAAAUACUUGCGUGAUAUAGUAUCUGGAUUAAGAUAUCUUCAUGAUCAUAAUAUAAUACAUUUGGACAUCAAACCCGAUAAUUUGUUGAUUACUCGUGAGGGUAAAGUCAAGAUAGGGGAUUUCAGUGUCAGCCAGGCUUUUGAGGACAAUAAUGAUAUACUUUAUCGAUCACCUGGCACGCCUGUUUUCUCUGCACCAGAAUGUUGUGUAGGCGGUACAUAUCAUGGUAAAGCUUCAGACACAUGGGCAGUUGGAGUUACUUUGUACUGUAUGAUAAUGGGUGAAUACCCAUUUCUCGGAAAAACGCUUCCAGAUACAUAUGAAAAGAUAGUCAAUAAUCCAUUAGUACUCCCGGAUGACAUUAACCCACAAUUAAAGAACUUGAUUGAAGGACUACUUUGCAAAGAUCCAAAAGCAAGGAUGACAUUGAAUGAAGUUGCAGAGCAUAGCUGGGUUAUUGGAGAUGAUGGGCCCAUCAGUGAAUACUUGUGUUGGUGCAAACAGAAGAGGCUUGUGGUGGAACAAGAACAACACCACCCUUAGAAGAUAGGACCACUAUGCUUUUGCCUUCACAGAAAGAUAGGAUUUUCUUUUUGUACUGUGAAAAGGCCAAUAUAUGUGCUAGUAUACCCUUUGGACAACAUGCAUGAACUUUUUGUUAUAGAGCAGAGCAAGUUUCCAAGGAAUCCUUGUAAUUUUAAGUAGCUAAUCCUUCUGCUUUGGUACAUAAUUAAUUAAUUGUUUAUUGAAAGUGAUUGAUUUUUAUGGACA